UGCAGCUAGCUUGCCGAUUGUCACUGACAAUGAGAUCGAAGCUGAACGGAGAUGGAUUCCUGUCAUUUAAGGCUAGUAUUAAACCAGAAUUAGAUAAUAUGAUCCUGUGACUGAAAGAUUAUCUGCAAAAUGGCAUACAGUCACAGGCCAAUCUAUGGCCGAUCUUCUUCUGAUGCAGCGCUGAACUUCUCCAUCACGGAAUCUCAGAAUGGACCCGGCUUCAACAGCAGGAGUAACGGGAGCGUCCCGGCUGCUAUGCGGGCAGCCUACGCCGAGGCAAGUAGAGAGCCCGGGUCGAGGAUCAGCCGGAGCGGAGAGGAGUAUCUUUAUCAGAAUGGGUCAUCGAGAUUUGAGCAUCAGCAUCAAUAUCGUGAGGAUUAUACAUUACCAAGGAAUACAACAAGACAUCAAGCUAGAGGCCAGAUCAGUAGGGAAUCAAACCUUGAUGAAGAACUGUGGAAACGGAAAACUGCCAGUUUGCCACGAUCAAAAGGAAAGCAGCAGAGGGGUACAUUUCAUUCACCGAGCGAUAAGGGAGAUGGAUAUUCAUCAAGACCAGCUUACAAUCGUCAAAACAGUGCAGGAGAUAGCCUUCAUUAUAGUCAUAAAUCUAGGGAAGAUAUCUACUUGUGCCAGAAUCAAAGAACUGACGCUCAUCAUUCUGUUGUUAGAGCAUCAAGUUUUCAGUUCGGAUCUGAUAUUGAUUAUGCUUAUCGUGCAAACAUGAAUGUCCAACGUUCACAAACUAAUGCAUCGAAUUUGAAGUCAAGGACAUUGCAGACAGAAAGUAGAGGCGUGCCAGUGCACCGUAGUAAUAGUCCUGUGGAUGAUGAGAGGUUUCGCGGCUAUAGUGUGGGUUCGAGGGGAUCGAGUCCUCGUCCAAACAUCAGACGCGCAAACUCCCAUGGCAGCACGCAUAAGUUGGGCGUAGGUAAUGAUGCUGGGGAUCAGAGCCAGAAUACCUCUUUCUCCUCAUCAGUUGGAAGUCCUGGUAAAAAGAAACUGUCCCGAAAGCCUUCUUUUAAAGCAUUUGGUUCGCUCAUCCAAAAGAUGGUGCGGCAGAUUGGGAGUAUGGAAGAAGGAAAAGGGUCCAACAUUCAAGAUGUAUCGUCAGGAAGCAGCAUCGUGAAUGGGAACACUGAUGGCCAUCAUCCUACUUCCCCACCUUGCAGCCCGGUCCUUCUCCAUGGACGUGUCCCGGGGCUGUCUGGUCUCCGUAACCAUGGCAACACUUGUUUCAUGAAUGCCAUUGUCCAAUGUCUGAGCAAUACGGAUGUUCUGGCAGAAUACUUUGUGUUGGAGCAAUAUAGAGGGGAUCUCUCACAUUCCAAGAAACUAAGCAAAAAGUUUGGAACCAAAGGAGAAGUGACAGAGCAGUUGGCCGUUCUCCUGAAAGCUAUCUGGAGUUGCAAAUAUUCACCUCAUCAUACUACGGAAUUCAAGCGAAUAGUGGCACGACAUGGCAGUCAGUACAGAGGAAAUGACCAGCAUGAUGCACAAGAAUUUCUUAUUUGGCUUCUUGACAAAGUCCAUGAAGACCUCAACAGUGCAAAGAAGAAAUACAAACAACUAAAGAAUGGACAGAACAAAAGUGACGAGCUGAUGGCAGCGGAAUCCCUUGCCAACCACAUGAGGCGCAAUAACAGCUUCGUCCAGGAUCUCUUCCAGGCGCAGUAUCGGUCCUCCCUGACCUGCCCUCACUGCGGCAGGCAGAGCAAUACCUUUGACCCCUUUCUCUGUGUGUCACUGCCCAUUCCGCAGAGGACAACCAGAGUGGUCAUCAUAGUAGUCAUCUAUGCUGAUAGGGAUCCCAGGGUGGUCAGGUUCGGCAUUGUCCUGGAGACCUCCGGGAGUGUAGCCGAUCUGAGGUCCAACAUUGCUAGUACCUGCAGUAUAGCGGUCACAAGGAUCGUUUUGACCGAGGUAUAUUUUGAUGGUUUCUACCGAUCGUUUGGCGAUUCGCAACCUCUGAGUGACAUCCACGACGGGGACAGUAUCUACGCCGUAGAAACCCCGCACAAUCCACACAGCAUGCUCCAGAAUAGUCAGGUCAAACCCUACCUCCAUGUCCAUUGCAAUCGACCUGUAGAGGUCAUCACCAUGGUGAUCAUCAACCAACAAGGCACGGGAAGAACAGGAAAGAGGUUUGGUCAGCCAAUGGCAAUUGAAGUGGACAGGAAUGUUUCUCAUGAGCAACUCACACUCAUCAUUCUCAAAGCUAUGGGCUGUUCAUCAAACAGUGCAGACAGAAUUAUGCAAUCAGGGCCUGUGCUACAGCUGGGUAUAGUGAUAGAUGCCAAGGGUAGCAGGCAUUACAUUCCAGCUGAAGAGGCCAGACCUAUGCACAAUGCAUCAAUAACCAGAAUGUUACAAGGAACCGGCGAAGAAGGAGGACCCCCUCAUGUGAAAGCGAUUGUAGAAUGGGAGCGAGAUCUCAGAUCCAUGUUUUGUCCUAGAGCGAUGAGUAUCUUCAUUGAGGAACAUGAGAGCGUUCAGAGGGAGAGAACAUCUCAUCAGCAGCCGGUCAGGGCAUCACUCUUUGAUUGUAUCGACCUCUAUACACAGGAAGAAAAACUUGGUGAGGAUAAUGCCUGGCACUGCCCUCAUUGUAAACGCCUUCAACAAGGAACAAAGAAACUCACUCUAUGGUCUUUACCGGAGGUUCUCAUCCUUCAUCUCAAGAGAUUCAAACAGGUUGGAGCAGCAAGAACCAAACUAUCAACUCAGGUGGAUUUUCCUAUUCAUAAUCUGAACAUGGGUCAGUAUAUAGAACAUAGGAGAAUGUCUCAGGGUCUACCAACCAAUGGCAACUCACAGGCAGCACUUCUGAACUCAUUGACAGCUUGGUCACCAUGGAAACAGCCAGGAGGUCGACGGAGGUCAUCUACAUUGAUUGGUGAUAAUGUAUAUGAUCUCUAUGCAGUGUGCAACCACUCUGGCAGUUUAACUGGUGGACAUUACACAGCAUACUGCAAGAACUCCCUGGAUGGCCAGUGGUACCAUUUUGACGACGCCAAGGUGGUGCCUGUACCGGAAGAACGCUUGGUAAACAAGGGGGCAUACCUGCUCUUCUACCACCGGCGCACCCAGACCACCGGUAGUACCAGCACAGAUUGCUCCAUGUCGUCCACCAGCUCGGAUCAUUGGGUUUACAAGUUACCAGCGUACGCCAGACAGUGUAGUAAUACGUCGUCAGGACAGGACAGUGUCUUCUCAUCCGGUGCUUCAUCCCACGAUGGGAGCUCACCUAUGACAGAGACCCCACCCUCAAGCGCAUGGGGAUCUGGCCCUCCACCCCACCCUGCCCCCACUGGCCAAUCAGGCAGGGCUGGCAGGGUAGACCCUCAGAGGGUUGACCUACCGGAGUGGUAUAACCACAAUGGAGUGGAUGCUGUGGACAGUGUCAGUACUAGGGCAAAGAACAGUGGCAGGUUGACCCCAGGUCAAAGGUCGUGGCAUGGGUCAAGAGACCUCUUAGAAGAUGAUGAGAGUGCAGGCUUUUCAACAAACUCCAGACCAUUUGUUCGAGGAGUUGCAGGGCCACAGAGACAAAGGACUUUACAUAAACCAUGGGAGACCAGUGAGAGUGACAAUGACAGUGUGCUCACUGAAUCAUGUGUAUGACAUAGGGUUUCAUAAGCAUAGGAUCUGUCUAGUAUAGGGCAGUAUGUAUCAGGCAUAAGUUUUUUUAUAAUGGGUUUUCAAUGAAGUGGAAACAAGAUGGCAUCCUCUCUAUGGCAAGACAUUGGUCUUCACCAGUACGAGUGACAAUGACAGUUUGCAGAUUAAAUCAUGUUUUCGACGUAGGGCUUCAUGAGCAUAGGAUCUGCCUAGCAUAGGGCCGUACCGUAAAUAUCAGGCAUAAGGUUUUUGAUAAUGUGGUUUUCAAUAGAGUAGAAAUCAGAUGACAUCCUCUUUAUGUCAGGAUAAAGGUCUUUACAUACACCAUGCGAGACAAGUGAGAGUGUCAAUGGCAGUGUGCUCACUGUAUCAUGUCUAUGACAUAGGGUCUCAUGAGCAUAGGAUCUGCCUAGCAUAUGGCAGGCAGGUUACAGCAUAUGGCAGCAUAAGGUUUUUGAUAAUGGGGUUUUCAGUGAAGUAGAAACAAGAUGGCAUCCUCUCUACGGCAAGACAUUGGUAUUCACUAGUAAGAGCGACAAUGACAGCUUGCUGAUUGAAUCAUGUUUACAACAUAUGACUUCAUGAGCAUUGGAUCUGCCUAGUAUAGUACAGGCAUAAGGUUUUUGAUAAUGGGGUUUUCAGUGAAGUAAAAACAAGAUGGCAUUCUCUUUAUGCCAAGGCAAAGGUCUUUACAUAGACUUUGGAUGACUAGUGACAAUGCUCACUGAAUCAUGUGAGUAGCAUAGGGGUCAUCCCAUGCUGUCUACCAUGGCUGGGGUAGUAUGUAUCAGGCAUGAGGUUUGUGAUAAAAGGGUUUUCAAUAGGAAUUUCACUUCCCAAACAAGGAUUAAUGUUUAUCAUGCACUCUUUGGAUGAUAAUGUGAUUUAAACAAGUUUUAUUUAUUGUUCAUUGGGAGAUUUUUGCCACUUCAUUAUGUGAUUUUCCUUCACAUUUUUUUAAUAGCAAUGUGUUGAUUGAAGACUUUUCAUUAAAGGGGCAGAUUUUUU